AACACACACACAUCGACAUUUAAUAUAAACAUCUCUGGUUUUCCAUAAAAGCUUAUAAAGCAGAGCAAUCGUUUGCUGCUAUACAGUUAAAUUCUCGUAAAUAACGCAAUAACUUGUGAAUUUCCAGUUAAAAGAAAAAUAACAAAAAUAACAAAAUGGUUCGCCGUGGACGUUCUGCUAGCCCUCCACCAUCGACCCGACGCAGUGCACCCGCGCCAGCACCGGCACAAGUGCCGGCACGUGCUGCCGCACCACCACCGGCACCAAUGGCAGCACCACCCAGCGCUGUGGGUAUGCCAGGAGCUCAGCAGCCAUCGAUGUUCCAGCAGAUGGCCGCCACCGCUGGAGGCGUUGCCGUCGGCUCUGCAAUUGGCCACACUGUCGGCCAUGGACUCACAUCGAUGUUCAGCGGCUCCGGGGAUAAGGAGGUGGCAGCACCAGCCGCUGCCGCACCGGUUGGCCAACAGCAGCAGCAGCCAUAUUAUGCGCAGCCGGCACAGGCCAAUGAGCCUCAGGGAGCCUGCGCCUGGGAGAUCAAACAGUUCCUGCAAUGCGCUCAGGGUCAAUCCGAUCUGUCGCUCUGCGAAGGCUUUAAUGAGGCGUUGCGGCAGUGCAAGGUGCAGCAUCAUCUACAAUAAAUAAACAAAUACCCGCAACAACUGAAACAAAAACCAAUAACAUCUACAAACGCUUAAAUCAACAAAAACCAAAUUCUCUGAUUUCGACUAAUGGCGAAAAUGUUGAGCUAAAGUAGUGUUUAUUCUUAUCCUUCUUUUUUGUUUCAAUUAGUUAUAUAUACGUAAUCAGUUAUAUUGUUAAUGAGACAGCAAAUUGUUUAAUUUAGUCAAUUGUUCAAUAGAAAUUCGAGCAACAACGUUCGGCAGACCAGAAGAUGCCGGCGUCGUUACUCACAAAAAAAAAAAAAAAAACAUGUUAUUAAUUAUUAUUAAUGUUUCAUGUAAAUUUGCAUAGAAUUGUGAAAUGUUCCAUUCGCUAUUUAGGUGCCAAAAAACAAAACAAAAAAAACAAGCAAGCGGAACACGUGAGCGCCAACGAUGACCUUGCACUUUAACGACGCAGUGCGUCCCAAAAUAGCCGCUCUGAUUCAUGCUGUGGGGGAAAUAAUGAGGGGGGAGGCAGUUGAAAAUUUCGAGUGCUCUAUUUAAUUUUUGUUGUCAUUGUUUUGAUUUGGUGCGCCAAUUGAGGUUUGUUUUGGUGAAAUGCUUUCGCGUUGACCAAGUAAACAGACUCAAUUAUGAUAAACAUACUGACUAUAUAUGUACAUACAUAUAUGUAAAUAUAUAUACAUAUAUGUGUGUGCGAUUUGCACGCAUUAUUGCUCUUUUGAAAUUGCUCAAUUACAAUUUUCAAAUCGAUUCUAA